AUGGAUAGUGAUUUUGAGAUUGUCAGAUAUGAAUAUCCUUUCCAAUGGCUAAAUGCUGCGUCUCGUGGCCUUGCGGCUGCCGGUGCUGGAGGACAAGUGCAAUUGUGGCAGUUCCUUCUUGAGCUGUUGGCCGUCCUCAAUGCCGCUUGUAUCGCAUGGGAGGGUGCUGAUGGCGAAUUCAAACUGAAUGAUCCUGAUGAAGUUGCCAGACGAUGGGGCGAACGCAAAAGCAAACCGAACAUGAAUUAUGAUAAAUUAAGCAGAGCACUAAGGUACUACUAUGAUAAAAACAUCAUGACGAAAGUACACGGCAAGCGUUACGCUUAAUUUGACUUCCACGGCCUGAUGAUGGCCUGUCAAGCGCAAUCGACCUCUGGGGGCGGAGGUCCAAUUCAAAACGGCGGCCCUGGUAUGGGAGCAGGAUUUUCCUUACCCAUGCACGAGGGUCAUCUCGCAGGAUUGAGUCACCAUGCACAACAUACUUUGAAAUCACAUUCUUCUGCUCAAAGUGAUAUGUAUCAACCAAAUGCACAAGGAAAAGUGAUGGCAAACACGGGAACGAGCGCCCAACAAUCUUCAUCGAGCCACAGCGGCCUUUUUGCUGGUGUGCCACCUUAUUGGAGUUACGCGGGUUUUGAACACAGAACUACUGGAUUUAGUAACUGA